AUCUAAGCGUGCGUCGGAGUCAGCGCGGCGCGCUUCGGCGUCGCGACGCGGAAUUCGAACCUCCAGUACCGUCGAGACGGGCGUCCCGUCCGUGCGUCCUUUAUGUUAAACUUUACCUUCGGCUUACCCCUCGAUUACCGGCUACGUUUUCCAAAGAUUCCAAUUAAUCGGCAGAAAAUUUUUGACCACAUUCAUCCGCAAUUGAUGGUCGGAGUGACACGUCGCCGUGGCGAAUAACCAUGGAACUAAACGAAGAAAAAUAUUUCAUGUCUGUCCAGCUGAAACGGCAAUCGUUAUAACCGAAGCCAUUCAGUGAUAAUUGAAAAAAAUAAUGGUGACCGAACGUAAAAAUUCGAGUUGAAAUUAUCCCGAUCUGCAACGAAACGGUUAACAGGUGUUCAACGAUGUAAUGGAGUGAUUUACUCGUCACGUUAAAACAGUUUCAGCGAUAAUGCUGGAGAAAAAUUUCCCUCGUCACGAAAUUUUUUUAAGCGAGCGUGGGUGAAGCGGUGAACUUACGUGGGGCAAAACAGGAGAAAAAUUGAAGAACAAAAAUACAUACGUAGAAUUAGAGCUUUUGAAAAUGUGAACCGUAUCGAAGUGGGACUUGGAAGUCGACAAAAAAGAACGGGCUCGCGUUAUUUGAAAAAGUUAACUCACGAUGUACGAUUUCCCGUUUAGCGAGAAUGCUGGUGAAAAGAGCUCGUUAGAAACAUUAUCGAAUAAAAUGAAAUAAAUUAAAUUCGUAAAUCGUGAAAUAAGCAUACAUAAAAUGAAACUCGGAGCGAUUGUCAGUAACGGAGUGGUGUCUGUCGAGGUGACGAAGUUCGAGUGUAGUUGGGUGGUUGAGAAUUCUGUGAAUUCAAUCGAAAAAUUGAAUUGAAAAUGGUAGGUUCAAUAGAAUUGGAGUGGAGAUCGCGGUGGUUUAAAAAAUCGUCUGGUGUCAAUAUCGCAGAGUGGGGUCGCUUCUUGUGAAUAACCUAUGAAUUUAAUACGGAGUCGGAUUUGAACACCGGCGGCAGUGUGGUGAAAAAGUGUUCGUAGAUGUGUGCGAAGGGGUGAGAAAUCGGUGUGAACGAAAGCGAGAGAACCAGACCUUGUUAAACUCGUCGAUGCAUUAAACGGAAACAAGCUUCGAUGCUGUUACAAGGUAGAUGAUGUUCGCCGUACCACGCAACCUUCUAAAUUGAUGCCGGUAGUGCGGUGCUCCGAAAGAGCUUCAUUUAUUACACACGGUGCUCGGGUAUAAUAUUGCGAAACUAAUGAAGCGUGGGAUAGUUAAAACGCGAAAAAUGAGGCGAAGGAGCGUGCGUGGUGCAAAAUAGAUAAUUAUCAGAACGAUGCGUUCUAUCACCCGAACAAGGGGGCGGUCUUCAUUUCAACGGAAUAUCGAAGCGAUAUACACACCGAAGUGAUUUUCGCAACGACGUUAUGGAUUCAUUAUUGGUCACACGUCGAUAACUUCUCAGAUGCGAAGCAUAUUAAUAAAAUUAUCGAGAAGUGGUAACGCGUACUUUUUAGAAACACCUCGUUACUUAGUUUCCGAUCGAAUAAAAGAAAGAAAACCAUGAUCUCAUCAGAUAAAGCAAAUGAUGGAAUGGUUGAUAAAAAAAAUUAGAAACUAAAUUGAAGGUUUACAUAAAUUUCGCCGGCUAUGUGAACGGAAGAUGCGUUCGGAGAAAUGUCCCCCUUCUCCCCCAGACGCUGGAACUUCGAUUUUAUUUAAAUUUCUACGCAGAUAGAUAUUUCAAUGAAUUUUUGAAUAUUAACCCUGAUCAAGGGAAGCGCGAUUCGCAGUCGUCUCCGUAGAUAUAUAAAUGAUCGUAUAAUUGGUCCAAAGUUUUUUUUUUUCUUUACCUUUCUACGUUACCAAAAGGCGCGUUACGUGGUUAGAUUAUUGAACUAUUUGAACCGGCGAGAAAUAAUAAAUAAAUAGACGGAUCGGGAGAAAAUACAGUGACAUUCUAAGGUUCGAAUAACGUAUAAAAUAUGCAACGCGAGCGUUCAUAGGUGAAUUUCUUUGAGCGCGACUGUCUAGCGAAAAAGAUCGAGCGAUAGUUCUUUUAUCCGAGGGUUUUUAUCGGGGAGUGAAAAUUGCAAUAUCUUAUUCAAACGAACGCGGUCAAAGGAAUCGUUGAAAAUGCAAUCGCUCGAGGAGAUAUUUUACCCGACAUCGUGGCCAUUGAAUUACACCUCGACAGUAUUCGACAAUCUGACUGAAAAUAAUACAAAUACAACGGAAGCACCCUCGGGUGGAAAUCAGUGGCAUUUACCUUGGUGGCGUCAAAUGAUAUGGACCGUACUCUUCGCCGGCAUGAUCGUCGUGGCCACCGGCGGCAACCUCAUUGUAAUAUGGAUUGUUCUGGCUCACAAAAGGAUGAGGACGGUCACCAAUUACUUUCUGGUAAACCUUAGCAUUGCCGACGCCAUGGUCUCUACGCUGAACGUUAUCUUCAACUAUACCUACAUGCUGAAUAGCCACUGGCCCUUCGGAAACUUGUACUGCAAAAUUAGUCAGUUCAUAGCGGUUCUCACAAUUUGCGCGAGCGUCUUCACUCUCAUGGCGAUUUCCAUCGAUCGGUACAUGGCGAUCAUGAAUCCCCUGAGACCUCGAAUGGGUCGAAGAGCAACUUUGUGCAUCGCAGUUGCGAUUUGGAUGGUCGGUGCCGUAUUAUCUUUGCCAAUGUUGCUGUUUUACACGACCUUCACGCAAAACUUCGUCAACGGGGAGGUCAGAGUAAUUUGCUACAGUGAUUGGCCAAACAGAACCGACGAUGGCCUCAGUUACGGAGAAUAUUUGUACAACGUGAUAUUUAUGAUACUCACGUAUUUCCUUCCGAUUGGAUCAAUGACGUUUACAUAUGCCAGAGUUGGGCUUGAACUAUGGGGUUCCCAGAGCAUAGGGGAAGCGACGCAGCGGCAAUUGGAUAACAUUCGAAGCAAACGAAGGGUGGUCAAGAUGAUGAUUGUCGUAGUUGUAAUAUUUGCGGUAUGCUGGCUACCGUUCCACGUAUAUUUUAUCGUGACCUCCUCUUUACCGGAGAUCACGAACGAGCCAUACAUCCAAGAGGUUUUCUUGGCGAUCUACUGGCUAGCGAUGUCCAACAGCAUGUACAACCCCAUCAUUUAUUGUUGGAUGAAUUCGCGAUUUCGCCGGGGUUUCGCCCAAUUCUUCUCCUGGUGCCCGUGGGUUCGGGUCGCGCCUGAGCCCUCUUUGUCCCGAUCGGAAGCGGUCACGUCGCGAUACAGCUGUACCGGAAGUCCGGAGGGUAACGCAAGAAUAUCACGGAACGGGACGGUACGAAUUCCAUUGCAUCUUCAAUCGAGUCGAGGUGUGGUUGGUGGAAAUGGCGGAGGUACGAGAUUUCCGGCACAUCAUCGCGGUCACGGUAAAAGAUGGAGAACAUCGCAAAAUAGAGGACACGUAUCCUGACAAGAGCAAGAUUCCUCGCAACAGCAACAGCGUGUUCACACGUGGAUAUGAAAGUACAAUUUAGCGCGCCGCUGCGUUCCUUCGCGUUGUAUGCGCUCGUUUCGCGGCCAGCAGUUUUUGAUUUCGAGAGAGGAAGAAAAGACGAAAGAGAGGAAUACAUAAAUAAAGGAAUGAAAAGUUCCGCAACCAACCUACCGUAAUUAAACUUACCUGCAUAAGCGUUCGCCGUAAUACUUCGUUCUCACGAUGCAGAAGUUCAAGGUAUAAUUACAUUAAUCUUGCGGGGUGAAAAUUGUGUACAACUGAUCGUAUCUAAUUGUAGAGUACGAAACCUUAAUAACUGAAUCUUACGAACAGAAAUUUACUGAAAAAAAAAAACAUACAUAUAAAGGGCAUUUCACGUCGAACGGGCCACUUUUUCCAAAAUAUUCUUUAAACUCGAUGAAACCUUUUGACGUCUUUAGGGGUCUUAGAAACCAUGCUCAGACCACUUAAUCAUGUCAAGAAUCAAAAUUGCCAAAAGCUACGAUUCUAUGCAAAAAUUUCGGCUUUCGACGCUUCCGUUACUUCUUGAGAGGAAAGUCAUUUUUUUUUUGUAAUUUAAGAAAAAAUUCAAAAAUUGAAAAAAAAAAUCUACAAAUAAUCUAUGAAAAUAUGUUUAUGCCCAGAAAUAAUACCUACAUAAAUAAUAAACAAUUUGACGAAAAAUUUGGUGAUUUUUUCAUCACAUCUUGGCAUAGAACGGAUUUUCGGCCCAUUUUGAAAUUUACAGGGGUCAAAGUGGAACGAAAUAAGAUAAUUUUUGAGACUUCAACAAAAAAUUUUCAAACAUGGAGAGUUUUGAGAAAAAUGAAAUCGGAAUUUCUAAGACGUGUUUUCUUGGUCAUGCAUCUUGUUUAUAACAAAAUGGAUAAUUUUACGCAAAAGUCCGGGCAUAACUAGGAUUUUGAUGUGUCAAAUCCGUAAUUUUAUCAAUUAUUUUUGCUGUCGAGACCACCGGACCGGAAAUAUUGAAAAUAACGGAAGCGUCAAGGUUGCAAUGUUUUCAAAAAAUCUUAACUUUUGGAAAUUUUGAUUUUUGGCAUAAAUAAGUGGUCUGAGCAUGGUUUCCGAGACCCCUCAAGAUAUCAAAAAAGUCUCAUCAAGUUCAAAAAAUAUUUUGUAAAAAGAAGCCCGUUUGCCGUGGUAUGCCCCGUAUAUACAUUAAACCGUGUGAAAAAAAAAAAUUUCUUAUGAAUAAACGUAUCUCAAAAGUUUCUUUAUCGCAAAAAAACAAUUUGCCCUAAAUCGCCCCUCGAUAUUUCAAAAAUUAAGCUGCCGCUCAGGGGGGUCCCCUUUCGCAUUUAAAAUACAUACGUUGGAAAAACAAUUCAUUUUUGAUUUUCAAAAUAACCAUACCCAAGAAUUUUUUUCCCAAUUUUUGUUUAUGUACUAUCUUUUUAGGAAAACAAAUUCUCUGCAAAAUUGGUGUCUAUAGUAUUUAUUUUUUCAUUUUAACCCAAUAGAAAAAAAGGUAUGGAGCGUUAAACUCGAUAGAAAAAAAGUUCAAAAGGAAACAAAAAUUUUCUUUGACACGGUGUAAUAUGUAUACAUUGCUUACCAAUAAAUUGUAUAAGAAUCGGAUUCACGUUGCAGCAAUGAAAUCACUUUGCACGUGCAAGUAUAAAAGACCAAGGGCAAGCAACUGAUUCACACAUACGCUGUAAUUCGCAAUAUACAAAUAUACACGCUUCAUAUAGUAAAGUGAGAUUAUCAGAUGUAAAAAAAAAAAUAAUCCGUACGCAUAAAAACUAUUGGACCAAUGACAUAUGUAGGGACAUAUAUACACAUAAAUAAAAUAACUUUCAUAGAAUUGAGUAUCAUUUUUUCUAACCAAUUACCGAAAUUAUUUGAUGUUAGAUAUUACAUGUAUAAUAUACAUAUGUACGAUUGGAAAUGUAAAUGAAUCUCUUGUUAUAUGUUAAUCAUAAUAAUAAAAUUGAUAGCAAAAUUAUUUAUAAUAAUAAUAACAAUAACAACAAUAACAUCAACAAUAAUAACAAUCCUAACAUUAUUAAUAAUAAUAAUAAUGAUGAUGAUGAUGAUGAUGAUGAUGAUGAUGAUGAUGAUGAUAGUAAUGAAAUUAGUAAUAACGACUACAUUAAUCAUAAUAAUUAUAAUCAUAUUAGUAAUAACAAUAGAGGUGCAUCGCGCGUGGCAUUACUGACAAAACUUCACCACAUGAUAAUUUCAAGUCGUAGCUGAUGCGCUUAGCAAAUUGAAAAACAAUAAUUGAUGAACCAAAAAUCUAUUUAUUGCUUCGCGCCGUUAUGAGAUAAAAUAAAACACGGAUAUGAGAAAUUUGAACAAAAGUUUACAGCCUCACGUCACAAUGGACGUACGAAAGCAAAACAAAAAAAAAAACAAUUUAUCAAAAAAAUUUCCGUUCACAAGCUGGUUUGACAGGAUAUUUAUUCAAGUAGUAAACGUGGAGUACACAGAUACCAAAUACAAAUUCAAAAUGUGUCCUAAUACGUGACAAAUUUGCAGAAAUUAUUUCAUAUUGUGUAUGUAUAUAAUAUUUUUAGAGUUAAUACGAAACUAUGACACAAUGUAAGGUUUAAUAUGCGAUGCUAUUGUUCGCUGGUAUGUACGUAACCAUGUGUAGCAUACUGUAUAUGUUAUAUACAUAUCAUUAUAAAUCGAUGUCCAAUGUUGAUUUUCUAAUCCAACAAACAAUAAGCAUGUUCAACCCCAAGUGAGAUGACGGACCAUUAAUGGUGAAUCGUAACCGUGAAGGUCAUUAAGGAACAUGAUUAUUCAAUGACAAUAUUUUAUAAAUUCUCUGGUUGAUAAGUGAUAUGUACAUGUACGGAGUGACUAUCCCUCACUUUGAAUAAAGCACCCGUUUAAUAUAAAUGUAUAGAAUGUGAAUAUAUGAAGUGGGCAUUCCACUUGAAAGAAAUUAGUCAGGUCUUGGACAUUUUUCUGAAAUUUUACAUACGCAUAGCCCUUGAUAAGAUAGAUUUUUUUGACGGAGGGUUCAGUCAUUAAUUACACCAAAUUCACCGAGAAAUAUGUAUAUAUUUAAUCGAAAGGUUACGCAAGUUUUUUUAUUCAAUUUUUUACAAUGACGGAUAAACGUUUUUGCUCGAAGAUCCAACUCCUCGAGAUUAUAUCUGUGCAAAACUUCAAAAAUAUCGCUAAGACCGACUAAUUACUCCGUUCACGUGUAAUUUCUGAUAUACGAAUACAUAUACGAAAAUCCGCUUCUCUUAUGGUCUGAAAAUAUUACGCAAAUUGAUUUCCAUAACGUCAUGAUGUAAAAUACUAUUAAUAGUGCAUUUGGUAAAAUUUUCAGUACAAAUUCUCAGCUAUUAAUGCGGGUCAAAAAUACUCUGGGAAAACCAAACGCUUUCUAACAAAUAAUUGAAUGUGUAAUAAAGAAUGUUACUCUAAUUAUUACUACAAUAUAGUCAAUAGUGAAUGAAUUUAAAAAUAGCUUUUAAGAUUAGGUAUGUAUAAUAUAAAAUAUCCUACACGGUAAUUCGAUGAUAUAUAGGUUUAUGCAUAGGAAAGUAAACUUUAAAGUUUUGAAUAACGAUUAACGAUUUGCCGUCAUGUAUAUUCUAUAGAUUUUUAUUUACUACAUGUACGGGAAUAGAAAUGAAAUUUUGGAUAAUCCAUUGUUAUGCCGAUAUUUUUUUCUCAACGUGAUCCCACAAAAAUGAAUAGAUAUAUUUGAAUGACGGAAUGCAUGGAUAUGCACUAACUGUUGACCAAAAUCUUUCUCACAGGUAUAAAAGUUUUUGAUUUUCGACGCACGGUCAUCUAUGGAAUGACAAUGAAUAUUUCAAAAAAUUUGUAAAAAUCAUUCAACAAUCUCCAACUUGUAGACUGAUUUCUAAACAUGUAUGUCCUUGAUAGGAAAGUUCGGAAUCUCAAAUCGAUGAUGUAUAAGCCGUUUGCUGGCAUGCGGUAAUUAUAUUAACUCAACUAUUGUACAUUUAUUUUUAAAACUAAAAAUAAGCGCUUUGAGCAACAUUUGCAGAUGUAUGAAAAAAAUUUAUCAACAUCUUGUCUCCUAGGAAUAUAAUCAAUUGAAAAAUAUGUAUAACUAUCAGUAAUGUAACGACGUAUUCAAGUAUCUACUACGUAAAUUGAUUAUUCAGAAAUAUUCCUCGUGAUUUAUUGGAAAUGAAAAAGGCGGGCGGGGAAAAAAUAAAAAUUGCUACUCAAAUUAAACUGUAGUACGGUAAAAUAAAAACUGUAGAUUUAUGUAAGUCUUUUUUUAUAUGUAUGUAUUAUAAUAAUUGAAGCCAAAACUACUCCAAACCGCGAAAUUAAACGAAGUUACGUACACGAAGCGAAUAAUAUGCACUCGAGUAACAAACCUGUUCGAUUUUUAUUGAAAUAUUCCGAAAACUUUGAUAAACAAGUGUGUAAAAUAUUCCAUUUAUGAACAAACAGAAACUUCAGCCUUACCUACACACAGUAGCCGAUCUCACAUCAUUACGGCUGAUGCACGCAAGUUUAAUAUGAGAAACAUACCGACGUUAGACCCGAAUUCGAUGAGCGUACGAUAAGGGACUGAACGACCCAAUAGCAGAACUGCUCAAUACUUUGCUACUUAUGUAGUUUAGCAGACAAAAUCUAGCGUGUAAGUCGAUUACGUAUGUCUACAACAGCUAAUUGCGAUCCAAAUCAUAUAGUGAAGAAUGUAGAGGUACAACAUGAAUGCUUAUUGGUCGAUUAAAUUCGUCCCACCGAGGAAACCUAUCAACAUUACGUAUGGUUUAUAAAAGAGACUAUUUGUUUUUAAGGUACUCUUGAAUUGAAAUCUAAUUUAUACAUAAGUACAAUAAAUACUAUACAUGCGUAAGCAGUCAUAAUAUUAUAUACAUGAAUAAAUUCUGUACCUAACUGUAUAAUCAACUAUCGUGUACACCGCAUGACUGUAUCCUGGAAGAUGCAUUAAUAAAAUAUCUUAUUUUUUAAUCAAA